AUGGCGACACAAGAGGAUGACAAUGGCAGUGGGUACAGCAGGACAACGGCAGCGAGGGGCACAGCAGGACGACGCAGCAGGGCACAGCAGGACGACGGCGCGAGGGGCACAGCAGGACGACAGCGGCCACAUUCACAGGAUGGCGACGAUGGCAGCAGCGGGCAAGGACAGCAGUGGGCAAUGACAGUACCGGGCACGGGAGGACGACAGCAGCAGGCACAGGACAACAAUGGGGGGAGGGCACAGGACGAUGAUGACGGUGGGCACAGGACGUCAUGCUGCCCUCUCGCACUUGCCCUUGCCCUUGCCCUUGCCCUUGCCCUCGCUCGCCGUUUGCCCUUGCCCCUUGUUUACCCUUGCCCGCUGUUCUGA